GGGUCCCCCACGGCGCUGGCGGACGCUGGCACCGAGCGGCGGCUGCGGGCGGCGGCGGCGCGCGGGGGCCACACCCUGUACGUGCCCAGGGGGGCCCUGUGGGGCUGCGAGGACAUCGCCAGGAUGGACAGCGCGGGGACACUGCAGACCGUGACCCUGUGUCCCCAGGGGUGUGCCCAGGGCUGGCUGUCCCCGCGCGUGGCGGCCGCGGUGGCCGCGGGGACGAGGACGGUGCUGUACCAGGGUCCCCUGCGGCCGCUCUGUCCCCUCGUCCCCAACAACGUCAACGCCAUGGCGGCGGCCGCGGUGGCAGCGCCGCGCCUCGGCUUCGACGGCGUCACCGCCUGCCUGGUGGCCGACCCCAGUGUCCCCGACUGUCACAUUGUCACCGUCGAGGUCACCGCGGUGCCCGAGGGCGGCCGCGCCCUCACGGUCAGCAGCACCCGCCGCAACCCCGCCGAGCCCGGCCACGUCACCGGCAGCGCCACCCGCCACAGCUUCUGGAGCAGCGUGCAGGCCUGCACCGGGCACGGCGGCUGCGUCAAGCUCUGCUGAGGAGGAGCGGCGGAAAUGCCUGCUUGGGGACGUCUUGGCGACAAUUUGGGGACAUUUUGGGGACAAUAAAUCCCAGGCCUGGCGGUGGUGGCGCCCUUCUUGUAAUGGCGGCGGGGAGGAGGCGCGAGGUGAUUGGUGGGGAAGCCGCGCGGGGCACGAUGGGAGGAAGGGGUCUUAGCGCUGAUUGGUGAACGCUGGGGCGCAAAGCAUCACGGGAGGAAGGUCAAAGCGCUGAUUGGGCAGCUGCUCUGGGGAGGAGGUCGGCGCGCUGUGAUUGGUCGGCGCCGCGCGGGGCAUGACGGGAGUUGUAGUCGCGGCCCUGAGGGGGCAGAGGCCGCCAUGGCCCCGGAGGACGCGCGGGCCCCCCAGGGCUCCCCCUCCCCCCACCCGGAUUUGGGGGGGGUCCUGGGGGAUCUCCCCGACCUGGGCCGGGGGCUGCCGGGAUUUGGGUCUGGGGUCCCGGGGGUGCCGUACCACGAGCGGCAGCGCCGGCAGCUCUGCGCCCUGCACGCCCUCAACAACCUCCUGCAGCGGCCCUGGCUCAGCCAGGCCUCGGCCGACCGCAUCUGCCAGCGCCCCCCCAGGUUGGCCCCGAACUCGCGGCCCAACCCCCACCGGAGCCCCCUGGGCACGGGCAACUACGACGUCAACGUGGUGAUGGC